UCAAACGCUGUUCGAUAAAAAUGGAAUUAUUAACAUAUCUCACACUUUUCGUUUGUAUUUCAUUCAUUGCAAGUACAGAGAGAGAUGCGAAUACAUUAGAGCCCGAUAAGGUAACGAUAAUAAUAUUGAGUCAAAAGGAAGGCUACAAUGCAGCCCAUGCUGAUUAUUUAAGGGAAAACAUCUAUGAACAAGCUGAUGCUCUUGAAAAAGAAUUGCCGCACAUCGUACUGUCCCAUAAACUUAAUAUCAAAGGUUCCUGGACGAUAGUUCCACUAUUGACUUAUUUGUCAGGUGAAUUUCCAGAUGUGGAAUGGUUCUUCUUCUGUUUAGAAAAUACUGUGAUUCGAUUAGAAAAGCUAUUAGAUGUUCUUGGAAAAUUUAGCUCUUCUCAGGAUGUGUGGAUGGGAUACGCACUUUAUGAUCGUGAACCUACUAUUAUUCAUCACUUUGCACAGCACACUAAAAAAUUUAAGUAUCCACACAUUGCGUCUGGAUUUGCCAUGAGUGUUACGCUAUUAAAGAGUUUGUCUAAACAAAUAUCUAAGGGCAAGGAACCGAAAGCAGAUUUUUCUAUCGACGUAUCAUAUGAAUUCGCAAUCUUUGUCUUAAAUCGUACUGGCGUGAAAUUGACUCAUGUAUCUAAAUUAUGCAUUGUGUCUGCCUCAGAUUGUGCCACGUAUCCCCGAUUUUUCCAUUCUUGUAGUUCUUCUGUAACUCCAGAAAAUAUUUAUUUUGCUGUUAAGACUUGUGCUAAAUUUCAUUUAGAUAGAAUUCCAGUGAUUAAAAAGUCAUGGGCCAAAUACGAUUUGAACAUUGGAUAUUUUAGUGAUGCAGCUGACAAAAAUUUACGGGAAGCAUACAUCGUCCCGAAUACUACUGAAGGACAUUGCGCUAAAACUUAUGCUAUCUUGCAAGAAACCAGCAAAAUACUAAAAAGACGCAAUUUCGAUUGGCUUGCUAUUGUCGAUGAUGAUACUAUAUUCAGUGUGGUACGUUUAUUAAACUUGCUCACUUGCUACAAUCCUAAGCACUUAGUCGCGAUUGGCGAACGUUACGGCUUUCGUAUUUGGGAUAGAUAUCACGGCUAUCAGUACUUAACUGGCGGUGCGGGAGUUGUGUUAUCGGCUCCCUUAGUUCAGCUGAUAGUAGAACCAGGCGUAUGUACUUGCCCAUCUGCGACUACUCCCGAUGACAUGCAUCUCUUUGGACUUUGUUUGUUGCGACUUAGAGUGGAAGGUGUACAUUCUCCAAUGUUCCAUCAGGCACAACCUAUAGACUACCCUUACGCUUAUUUGGCAUCUCAAGAACCUAUAUCAUUUCACAGAUUCUGGUCAGUUGAUCCUAAAGCUGUGUAUAAUGACUGGUUUGCAGAAGUAGAUAAAGUCUUACCGCUUGCAGACACACCAUUAAAACAUACAGAAUUAUAAAUAUUUUUUUAAAAAAAAACUUUAUACAAAUUUGCAAUAAAUAUUUUU